AUUUAAUCAUACAUUCAAAUGUAAAUGGAAACUUAUGAGAAAGGAAGGGAGGAGUAUCAAAGGAGAUAUGGAAAGUUGAAGGAUUACAUUUCUUCUUUGAAAACAAAGGACACAUCUGAGAUCACAAAAUUCGAUAGUUCUGACUUUGAUUUAACAAAGUUGUAAGCAAGAUUGGCUGAUCAAGCUGAGAAGGAGAAAUUCGAGGAGAAUAUCAUAGGGUCGACAGACAUUGUUCAAUAAGUCAAUCAUGAUUUCAAUGUGUUGGUGUAUGGGAUAGGGAGCAAGAUUGAAUUGCUUGAGAAGGCAAUGAAGGAGUUGAUGGAGUAUGUUACAUUUUGAUGUGUUGUAGGAGUAAUCCGCAAUCGUACUUUUUCGUACUGAAGGGAUUCAAACCUCUAGUUAAUAUGAAGAUGUUCUUGUAGAAGAUGGGGGAAGUGUUGAAAAUAGACUCACAUGUGCGGAACUCAGAGUAGAUCAUCAAAUGCAUUGAGAACACUCCUCAAUCGAUAAUAAUUAUUGCUCAUAGCAUAGACGGUCGUCAUUUAUUGAAUGAGCAAGCGUAGAAAUUACUCGGAUAGUUGAGCAAUUGUCCAAAUGUUCGUAUGGCUUGCAGUUUCGACAAUUAUCGGUAUCCGAUGAUAUGCAAGAUUCAGAGAGCCUUCUUCCAGUGCGUGCACACAAAUCGACCGUACGUUCAGGAGAUAUUGCAGAUCUUCGAGGAUUAGGUGGGCAAACAGAAACAGGAGGAGGGAUUGUGGUAUGUGUUGUCGAGUAUGACUCAGAAACAGAAAAACAUAGUCUAUUAUUUCGCAGGGAAAGUAUUGGAGAGCAGAGAUGUAUAUAUAAUAUUUAUAUAAAAUUAAGGGAUUGAAUUUUUAGGAUCUGUAUGAUGUUCUCUCGGAUGAGAUGAUCGUAUCAAGCAAAAUACAAUUGAAGGACAAUCUUAAGGAGUUGAUGGAUCACAAGAUCAUAAUUGAGAAGGGUGGGAAGUACACUAUGCAAUAUUCAAACACAAUCCUUCAGGAAUUGUCUUAAAAGUUUGAUGAAGUUAUUAAAUAAUGA